AACCUUGUUGUUAUUUAUUUCAACAGUCGAACUUUCUUGUCCAUCAUUGGUGGAGUUAUUGCCGGAAUUUUGGGAUUCACUGGCUUGACGGGCUUUGUCUUUUAUUUCCUCAUCAUGGCGAUUACUUCUAUUGGACUUGCAGCCAAGGCAAAGUUCUCCAUUCAUGCUUAUUUUGAUUCUUGGAAUCGAAUUGUACUUGACGGCUUUUUGGGUGGGCUACUGUCAUUCGUAUUGUUCUGGACAUUUGCAUAUGACAUCGUGCAUAUAUUCUGAGGGAGUGACUGCGAAAGAGAGCUACUCAGUGCUGUGAAGGAGAAUAACCCUGCUUUCUGAAAUGCUUCUGUAAUACAUCAGGGUUGAGGAUUCUAAAGAAUUUUUUUUUUUGUUGGCUUCUCUCA